GUUUCCCUCUCAAGUCUGAGUUGGGAGAGAGACGGUCGACGAGCUCAGCACCCAAUAGCUUCGUUUUCCCUUUCCCCCUCAUACUCCAGCAGGUUAAUAGCAGGUUCCUGUUUCUUCCAAAAGGUAUUGCAUACGUGGAAACAUGUUGAAGCAUCUGUCUGGCAAGUUAUGGAACAAAGGGGUCUGGGCAAAUGGAAGUGAUCAAUUUAGGCCUUGCUUAUAUGUACCCACAAGUGGCUUCCACAAUGGAAAGGCUCAUUUGGCACCAAGAAGUUUUUUCGGGGUAGAGGAUUUCCUCGAUGAUGACAAUAGCAGGCCAUACACUUAUCAGAAGGAGAAGAAAUCAAAGAAUCCGAACAAGCACAUAUCAUUUAAACAGCGGACAGGAGCCUACAUGGAACCCUUUACACUUGAUGUGUUGAUCUCAAAGCGCUUUGUUUCAGCCUCACUGACCCACAGGGUAACUAGUAAGCAGGUUGCAGUUGCUGGUACAAACUCCAAAGAUAUAAAAGCUGUGCUCAAGUCUCGCUCUGAUAUACCUGCAUGCUUGGCAAUUGGACGCAUUUUAUCCGAGAGAGCAAGAGAAGCUGAUGUUUACACAGCUUCCUACACCCCAAGGGAUAGGGACAAGUUUGAAGGGAAAAUCAGAGCAGUUGUUCAGUCUCUCAUUGACAAUGGGAUUGAUGUCAAGGUUUAUCUUGACUGAAUAAGCUCCAAAUUUCUCUAUUAUUCUUUCAGAUCCUUGGGAAUGGGGGGUAUAGUUCAGCUAUUAUUAUAUAUGAUUUAGAAACAAGUACUGGGCUGUUUGAGGUUUUGCAAGCUUGAAAUGUCUGGAGCUCUGAAAUUCAAGAUUGGCCUGGUUGAAAAAAAUGAAGAUGUGGGUUUUGUUUAAGCUCAACUGGCAUCUCCUUUUCAUAACACCAUAUUAGCUUAUUCAGUCUGGAUGAUAAGAAUUUUGCUUGGGAA